GGUUUAGGUAGCUCGUCAAAAUGAGCCUUCUCAAUAAUGUCCUUGGUUCACUAAACCCAUUUUCGUGGUUGCGUGGUCGACAACGAAGUGAUGAUGUUUUCGAAUCUGUUACUGAACUUCAGGAUGAAGACGAGGAGCCCUCCACUUUUUCCGAUGCGGUUGAAGACGCUUCGGUAGGAACCGAAAGCUCAUGCAAUGGCAAUCUGCAACAUGAGCUAGCGACUGUUGGACCAGAGACCGCUCCUCAACAGAUGAAUGCUGACGGCCAUGAAAUGCAAUUGGAUCUAUCCGAGGAAUUCACUUUGGUCGGAAAUGCGAAGGGUGAAAAACCUUUAUUGCGCUCAAAAAUGGAUGAUCCUCUAUCUCUAUCAUCAGGAGAUAAUGAAAAUCAGCAUGUGGCUUGCAGCAGUGUUGGUGCAGACAUUGGGAGAGGAGAGACAGGACAAUCGAAAACACCGGAACCGAUGGAUGAGAUGCUCGAUGCAAACGUUGCAAUUACCGCUGACACUGAGAAGAGUGAGGAGAUGCAUUCACAAAUUACUAACGAUACUACCCCAUCAAAAGUCCGACGUAAACUAGCCAACGUUGAAUCUCGCAAGUCCCAGGAUGAAGGCCAAAAUAUUAUUUCGUGCGCGGUUGGCAAAUUAUAUGGCGCUUCAGAUCCACCAGACAUUCGUGGCGUUGCAUGGAAACCUCCAUUUGUGCAUGGAGCCGUUGCCGAGACUUCAGCGAUGUCCACGGGGUCGGCGAAGAAAAGAAAGGCAGGCAACGAUUUGACUGCCGACGAUGAAGAAAUACGCUUUGUUUGCGAAGAACCGUGUGCGAAGCAACUGAAAAAGAUCAAAAAGUUGAAACGUUCGUCAGUUACGACAUCCGCGCAGAGCUCAUCAUCAAGGAGUAAUGAUAUGAUCCUGUGUGGAGCUGGCACUCCUCUCAACACGCCUGUUAUUGUGCACUGUCCUCGGGCGAAAAUUGUAGCAACAGUCAAAGAGCCAAAUUCUCAGUUCUAAUCGCUCUUGUAAUAACGAGUUGGUGCAAAUUCAAUGCAUGUUUUUGCAAACGCAUUCAGUGCUUUUCCUCACAGAAAUCUCUUUUUGG